AUGCCUUCUUUUCUUUUAUCUUUCAGCACCUCAUAUCUAUCUAUCUAUCUAUCUAUCUAUCUAUCUAUCUAUCUAUCUAUAUCUCUGUCCCAUUUUGUUCUAAUCUUACUAUCACAGUCUGUUCAUAUCUAUCAGUCUCUAUCUAUUGAUCUAUCUAUUUCAGUCUCUUCCUAUCGAUUUAAAUUUCUUCCUAUCUAUAUGUCUUUUCCUAUCUAUCUAUAUCUAUUUCAGUCACUUCUUAUCUAUUUCAGUCUCUUGCUAUCUAUAUCUAUUUCAGUCUCUUGCUAUCUAUAUCUAUUUCAGUCUCUUGCUAUCUAUAUCUAUUUCAGUCUCUUGCUAUCUAUUUCUAUUUCAGUCUCUUCCUAUCUAUUUCUAUUUCAGUCUCUUGCUAUCUAUAUCUAUUUCAGUCUCUUGCUAUCUAUAUCUAUUUCAGUCUCUUCCUAUCUAUUUCUAUUUCAGUCUCUUGCUAUCUAUAUCUAUUUCAGUCUCUUGCUAUCUAUAUCUAUUUCAGUCUCUUGCUAUCUAUAUCUAUUUCAGUCUCUUCCUAUCUAUUUCUAUUUCAGUCACUUGCUAUCUAUAUCUAUUUCUAUUCUCUCUUGCUAUCUAUAUCUAUUUCAGUCUCUUGCUAUCUAUAUCUAUUUCAGUCUCUUCCUAUCUAUAUCAGACACGAGCUUGCUUUCUCUCUCUCCUUUCUUUAUUCACCUCAGAAGAUGUGAUUUUCAGGAUUCUUGUCUCAACCAUGAGUGUGAUAUCAGUCUAUUUGUUAAAAAUACCUUACUUUCUUUCCUGUCUGCAUACCUAGAUUCCUCUCCCUCCACCUUUCACUCUCACAUGAUCGUAACUCUGCUCUUUAGCAAAUUUUCCUUCAUUUUUUUUUCCAUUUGCUUCUCCUGCUACACAUCUUCUUGCUGUUCUUCUUCCUUUACUUCCUUUUCCUUUUUGUUUUUCCUCCUCCUCCAACUUCUUUUUGUUUUUCCUCCUCCUCCAACUUCUUUUUGUUUUUCCUCCUCCUCCAACUUCUUUUUGUUUUUGCUACUAUUCCUCCUCCAACCCUCUCUUUUUUUUUCCUCUUUCUUUCCCUUUGCUACUCCAACUUUCUUUUUCUUUUUUGUUCCAACUUUGCUUUUUUGUUUUUUUCUCCUUCUCCUUUGCUAUUCCACAUUCUUUCCUUUCUCCUUUUUUCUACUUUCCCUCUGUAUUCUUUCCUUUUUAUUCCCUCUGUAUUCUUUUUCUUUUUCUCCUAUUCCCUUUCUUUCCUUUCUCCUCUUUCUCCUCUUUCUACUAUUCCCUCUGUAUUCUUUCCUUUCUCCUCUUUCUACUAUUCCCUCUGUAUUCUUUCCUUUCUCCUCUUUCUCCUUUGCUACUAUUCCCUCUGUAUUCUUUCCUUUCUCCUCUUUCUCCUUUGCUACUAUUCCCUCUGUAUUCUUUCCUUUCUCCUCUUUCUCCUUUGCUACUAUUCCCUCUGUAUUCUUUCCUUUCUCCUUUUUUUCUCCUGUAUUCUUUUCCUACUAUUCCCUCCUUUCUCCUCUUUUCUAUUCUUUCCUUUCUCCUCUUUCUCCUUUGCUACUAUUCCCUCUGUAUUCUUUCCUUUCUCCUCUUUCUCCUUUGCUACUAUUCCUCUGUAUUCUUUCCUUUCUCCUCUUUCUCCUUUGCUACUAUUCCCUCUGUAUUCUUUCCUUUCCUCUUCCUUUCUAUUCCUCUUUUCUCUUUCUCCUCUUUCUCCUUUGCUACUAUUCCUCUGUAUUCUUUCCUUUCUCCUUUUCUCCUUUGCUACUAUUCCUCUGUAUUCUUUCCUUUCUCCUUUUCUCCUUUGCUACUAUUCCCUCUGUAUUCUUUCCUUUCCCUCCUCUUUCUCCUUCCCUUUGUCUUUCUUCCCCUCUGUAUUCUUUUUCCUUUCUCCUCUUUCUCCUUUUGCUACUAUUCCCCUCUGUAUUCUUUCCUUUCUUUCUCCUUUCUCCUUUGCUACUAUUCCCUCUGUAUUCUUUUUCCUUUCUCCUUUGCUACUUUCCUCCUUUCUUUUCUACUAUUCUCCUUUGCUGUAUUUCUUUCCCUUUCUCCUCUUUCUCCUUUGCUACUAUUCCCUCUGUAUUCUUUUCCUUUCUCCUCUUUUCCUCCUUUCCCUUUACUUUCCCUCUGUAUUCUUUCCUUUCUCCUUUUUCUCCUUUGCUACUAUUCCCUCUUAUUCUUUCCUUUCUCCUUUUCUCCUUUUUUACUAUUCCCUCUGUAUUCUUUCCUUUCUCCUCUUUCUCCUUUUGCUACUAUUCCCUCUCCUCUUUCCCUUUGCUACUAUUCCUCUGUAUUCUUUCCUUUCUUUUCUCCUUUUCUCCUUUGCUUUCCUUUCUCCUCUUUCUUCCUAUUCCUCUGUAUUCUUUCCUUUCUCCUCUUUCUCCUUUGCUUUUUCCUUUCUCCUCUUUCUCCUUUGCUACUAUUCCCUAUUCUUUCCUUUCUCCUUUUUCUCCUUUGUAUUUCCCUUGUAUUCUUUCUUUCUCCUCUUUCUCCUUUGCUUAUUCCCUCUGUACUAUUCCUCUGUAUUCUUUCCUUUCUUCUUUCCUUUUGCUACUAUUCUGUAUUCUUUCCUUUCUCCUUUGCUUUGCUACUAUUCCCUCUGUAUUCUUUCCUUUCUCCUCUUUCUCCUUUGCUACUAUUCCCUCUGUAUUCUUUCCUUUCUCCUCUUUCUCCUUUGCUACUAUUCCCUCUGUAUUCUUUCCUUUCUCCUCUUUCUCCUUUGCUACUAUUCACUCUGUAUUCUUUCUACUAUUCCCCUUUUCUCCUUUCUCCCUUCUCCUUUGCUACUAUUCCCUGUAUUCUUUCCUUUCUCCUCUUUUCCUUUGCUACUAUUCCCUCUGUAUUCUUUCUUUCUCCUCUUUCAUUUUCUACUAUUCCCUCUGUAUUCUCCUUCUCCUUUGCUACUAUUCCCUCUGUAUUCUUUCCUUUCUCCUCUUUUCUCCUUUGUACUAUUCCCCUCUUUCCUCCUGUUUCUCCUUUGCUACUAUUCCCUCUGUUUCUUCCUUUCUCAAUUCCUCAUUUCCUUUCUCCUCUUUCUCCUUUGCUAGUAUUCUUUCCUUUCUCCUCUUUCCUCCUUUCCCCUCUGUUUCUACUAUUCCCUCUAUUAUACCAACAUUAUUCUUUUUGCUGUUCUUUUCUUAUGUGAAUCACUUCUCUCUAUUCUUUCUUUUCUUUUCUCCCAUUCUUUUUCUAUCAUUUCCACCCUUUCUUCUAUUUCUCUUUCCCUUUCUCCUCUUUUCUCCUUAUCCUUCCCCCCUCUCUAACACUUAUCUUAAAUUCUUUAUUUCUUGCUUUUUUUUUGUCUUCUCUCUUUCAUCCUUUCAGUUUCUCACCUAUUUUGGCUUCAACCCUUGCCAUUUUCUCUUUCUUUGUUUUUAUUGUUUUCAUACAUUCUUUUAG